AUGGUGCAACUUUUUUUGUCUGUACCUCCGCAUGUCCGAGCUCUGCGAGUACAAAAGGCCAGAGGAGGAAGAGGGAGUAACGGCAUCGGCGGCCACGGCGACGGCCUUGUUGGUGCCGGCCUCGCGCCGCUCGUCUUCGCCGUCGUCGUGUCGUCGUGGAUCGUGGCGGCGCGUAUGGCGCGAGGAAAGGCCCACGGUGUAGACGACACGGCGUACUCGCCACCGGCGCCGCCGGGCAGGAGCACCAGCGCCAGCCUACGCCCCAAGGGGCGUAAGCUGGGCCGCGCGGCCCCACGGCACGGUCGACACGCUCGCUGGCUCGCGCACGUAGUGCCCGCACUCGUGUGUGAUGCGCGCGAGGGCGCUGAGAUCUGGGACCUGGGCACUUGCGACGAAGGCGACGACGGCGUCAAGGCAGGCGACACGUACUGGGACCUGAGCCACGACCACGACCACGGCCACGACUCGGACCCCGACUCCGACGACACCGACGCCGCUCCCGCCCCGCCGCCGACGCCUCUGCUGUCGACGCUCGACCUCUUGGCGGACCUUGGCUACGACGACGACGCCGAGAGCUCCGACGGAUGCCCGAGCGGAUGUGCUACGCCGCGCGCGACGCCUCGGUAG